AUGAUUGAGCCCCUGGAUGGAGAGGGACACGCCUUGGGUCAACCAAACCAGGCCUGCGCUUGCGCGAAGAAGCCCGAGCGAAAUAGCACAAAGUACCGGAUCAAGCUGAUUGCGGGUUUGGUGCUGCCAUAUUUGUUAGCAUCAUUGGAUUUGACCGUUGUCGCGACAGCAUUGCCCUUCAUCGCGUCCCAUUUCGGUAAGUACAGCUUCGACCAGCUCGAUUGGAUAGUGACUGCCUACACCCUCACUUCGACAGCGUUCAUUCCCUUCUAUGGCCAGUUUGCCGAUGUCUUUGGCCGGCACGUUUCGUUACAGGUGGCUCUAUUCUUUACAGUGAUUGGCAGUGUGCUCUGCGCCGCAGCUCAGUCCUGGAGCAUGCUCCUACUGGGCCGCGCGUUGCAAGGGUUGUCCUCGGCUGGAUUAAGCAGCAUCAUUCUUGUCGUCUUGGCCGAUAAAGUCACGCUGGAAGGGAACGCAAAGAACAACACUCUCUUCACCAUCGUAUCCGGAAGCACUUAUGCCAUAGGUCCGGUGAUUGGCGGACUGACUCUCCAGGCAAACUGGAGAUAUGUCUUCGUCAUUUCCAUCCCAAUCGCUGUCGCGUCCCAUAUACUUCUCUUCUUCAUUCUGCGGAACGAACUGCUAGAAGGUACCCACUUCCACAAGAAGUCCAAGUGGUCUGCCAUCUUCCCAGCAAUGGCAACUCUUGAUAUAGGCGGCGUCAUUUUGUUCAUUUUCGCUGUUGGUCUCAUUAUUCUCGGCACCUCCUGGGGAGGGAGUACUUUCUCAUGGGACUCUGUACAGGUCCUAGCGCCCAUUAUCGUCGGGGGCGCUCUGCUGCCUGUCUUCUUUCUGUACGAAUUCCUUUUGGGGGGUGGUAGGAUACUGUCACGGCUGUUUCCGCAUCAGUCACCUAUGCUGCCAUUAGAUCUCUUCUCUCGAAAAGAUACAUUCGUUAUAGCCGUGAUUCAGUUCUCUGCUGGAGCUGCUAUGUAUGCCGUCUUUUACUUCGUGGGAAUCUAUUUCACAUUAGUCGAGGGCAAACCCGCCUCGCAGGCAGGUAUUCAGUUGCUAUACUACAUUCCAGGAAUGGCAAUUGGCGUUUAUUCAGCAAUGUACUUGUGCAACCGAUCCCCCGGCCAAACGUUUUGGCCGCUGCUCCUGGGCUCCGUCGAGGAAGCGGCCGGGCUCGGCGCCUUGACCUGGGCCGUUUCAGCGAGCCGGUCCAGUAUUGUCUCCGGCAUGAUGGUCUUAACCGGUGCCGGUACAGGUUUGCGCUUUAUGCCUGCUUCUCUGCAUGUUGCUGGAGUGUGGCCUGAUCGAUUGGCACCAGCCAUGUCACUUAUGCGCUUUGCAAUGCCCUUUGGAGGCACCCUAGGGUUGACAAUCAUGAACGCUAUAUUCAACUCCAAGUUCACUUCAGCCAUCUCCUCUCUUUCCAUACCUUCCAGUAGCGAAAAUAUUGGGAGUGUCAAUGCUCAGGACGUCCAGUCGUUGGACGCCAUUGCAGAUCUACCUAGCGCCUUGCAGGCCACUGUGAGGGAAGCAGGCCGCAGCGGAGUUGAAUGGGCCUUCAUUUCCAUCCUACCAAUACUCGGGCUCAGUAUUUUGGCUUGCUUAGUUCUCGGAAAUGUCUGGGUUAAGCCCACGGCCAGAAAGGAAAAGGAAAAGGUCGCCAGCUCUACAUCUUCUGGUCAAGACGAGAAAGGAAAUACUGGAGCCAGCACGGUGGUCUAUGUCCCAUAUCUUUACGCUUUGCUAAAGGGAGUCGAUCGCUACAAGCACGAGUCAACAAGGCUACCAGCAACGGAAAGGCAUACCAGCGCCGACGGCGUAUAG